AUGGUGAAUGAAACGGGAACUGGUUUUGAGGAGAUCAUAAAAUGCAUCAUUGUGGGAGAUUCUGGAAUUGGCAAAACCUGUCUGACUUGCUCAUAUGCUUGCAAUGCUAAAUAUGACCUCCAGAAAUUAGUCAAGACCUAUCAGGCAUCUGUUUGGGCCAUUGACCAUUAUCGACAUGAUAAAGAGAUAUUGGACCGCUCUUGGAGUGACAUAGAUGGUUGCCAGGUUUCUAUAAGACUGUGGGAUACCUUUGGCUACCAUGACAAGGACAGACGGUUUGCAUACAGAGGGGCUGAUGUUGUUAUAUGUUGCUUCAGUGUUAUGCGGCCAAAUUCUUUGCUAAAUGUUUGUCGGUUUUGGCACCCUGAGAUUCGUCGUUUUUGUCCGACCACACCUAUUGUUCUGUGCGGAACACAAGCUGAUCUACGCUACCUCUGUUUUGAUGACAAAUAUAUCAACAUGGAGAAGGGCCUGUUGUAUAGAAAGAUCUCUCCUAAGGAUAUCAUCACUCCUAGUGAAGGAAGAGAAGUAGCAAAAGAAAUUGGAGCUCCCUAUUAUGAGACCAGUGUCCUGACUCACUACGGUGUAGAAGAUGUCUUUGUGAAUGCAUCGCGAGUUGCUCUCAUUGAACGACGCAAAAUAAAAUUCUGGAAUGCACAGCUGCGUCGAAUCCAACAGCCCCUAGUCCAGGCACCCAUACAGAUACCAGUUCCACCUGCUCCCCAUGUAAAAAUACCAACAGCAUUAUUGAAAUCAGACAUUUCAGCCAUGUUAUACAAUAGGUCUGAGUGUGAUGUCACUUUCCUGGUUCACAGUCACGUGGUGGAGGCCCACAAAAUUUGUUUAGCCGUGGCUUCGAUGUUUUUUAAGGAUUUAUUUACAGUGGUAUCAAUGGUGAAGCUUCCCAACAAGCACAAGAUUAGCCAGCGCACACAGAGUAAAUUUCCCGGGAGGUUCAGCUAUUCAGAUGGUGAAAACUUACUAGACAGUGAUUGCAACAGUACAGAUACAGAAGAUUCUAGUGUCAACAGUUCUGUCGUGGAGGAGGUUCAUAUCAACACUGCUGACAGUUUUUCUCACGUGUGUUCAGGUUUCCCUUUAAAUAUUCCUUACAAUCAUAUCGCUGUUGAUUCGGUAGAGAUUCGGUUAGAGCUGGAUGACAGCAUGAAGAACUGUAGACUGAGGACAUAUGUGAGGAUGUGUGAGGAAAUACGGCCUCGGUCAUUUGAAGUGAUCAUUGAAUACCUUUACACUGGAAGUUUACGGCCAUGUGGUGUCAGUCUUGAAGAAAUUCGAAAGAGUGCUGAAUUAAUGCAGCUGACAGAUCUGAUGGUUGUUGUUGACAACAUAAUGUCCAAUCAAGAUUUCCUCAAUAUUGAAAAAGAUAAACAGUUUCAUGAGAACAGAAUACUGAGAUUACGAGAACUUGCCCUUAACAAGGAAUUCCUCUCAGAUAUCUCUUUUGAAGUUGAUAAUGGAGUGGUCUCAGCCCACAAGGCUCUUCUCAUGGGACGCUGUGAGAUGAUGUAUGCGAUGUUUAACAGCGAUUUUAUAGAAUCCUCAUCAGAAGUGAUCCCUUUUCCUGGCAUCACAGUGGAAACUUUCUGCGCACUGCAAGAGUAUUUGUACACUGGAGAAUCCCCUUGCUUAUCUGGCGUAGACUGUUUGACACUUAUUGAGGUGGCUAACCGCUUAUGUCUGCCUCGGCUGGUGAACAUGGUUGAGGCUUCCGUGGUAGCUGAACUGCAAGUCAAUGACAAUAAAGAAGAAAUGCUGCAUGAUGCGCUGAUUUUACUGGAGCCGUCAGAGCUGUAUAAUGCCACACAGCUAGCCCAGUUUUGUGAGUACGUAUUAAGCAUCAACUACUGUGAUGUCAUUAAGAAACAUCACAGUCUCUUCCGAGCUUUAUCUCAGGAGAAGCAAGAUUCUAUAGAGAAGAAGCGCUGGCCUCCUCUUUGGUACGUAAAGGAAGCGGACCACUAUGAACAUUCUACCCAGUCAUCCAACCACUUCGGCAAGCAGUCUGUCGUGCAAGACUACAACAGACGAUGUGGAUGUCUGUGCUUCAGUCGACGAGAAGGAAGACACCGCUUUAGAGAUCCCAUGGAGCUUCCAUUGUGA